UGUGCUCUUCCCAGACCUACCAGGGGUUUGCCCUGACACCUUGGGAGAUGAAUUAAAAUGCAGCACACCACGUGCACAGAGGACAGGAUCUACCACGCACUGGAAAGAUGUCUACAUGGGCUUAGCAGAGAUGCUGUCUCCAGCAGAUGGGCUGCAGGGCUGUGCCUGAACUGCUGGAGCCUGCAGGAGCUGGUGAGCCGAGACGCCGGCAACUACCUCAUCCUUGUGGAGAAGAUCCUUGGCAAGACCAAAGAGGUGCAGGAGAAGUGCGACUACGACCUGGUGAUACCCCUGGCCCUGCUCUUCUACUCUGCUGUUCUCUACGCUCCUCACUUCCCGCCAGGCUCUGAUCUGCUCCUGAAAGCUGCCAGUGUGUACCACAGCUUCCUGACCUGGCCUGUGCCCUACUGUGACAUCUUCCGUGAGCUGCUCACCUUCAUCAGCAAUGAGCUGAGGGCCCCUGGGAUCACUUUCCAGAGGCUGGUGAGGACAGAGCAGGGGCUGCCUGUGAAGAACCACCAGAGUUCCACUGUGACGGUGCUGCUGCUCAACCGCUCCGAGGUGCAGAGCGAGUUCCUCUCCAUCGCCAAGAAGCUCAGUGCCAGUGAGCACCCCCAGCACGCCACACUCGUCCUGCUCCUCGGGCACCUCUACCAGGCCAACUUUGGCACCUGCUGUGACCUGGACAGCCUGCACCACCUCCUGAAGUCCAAGACGCUGGAAGAGCUGUUGGAGAUCUACUCCAGUGCCGCCGACGCGCAGGAGAUCGCGGCCACCAGCAGCGACCCCGGGCUGGCCCGGGAGCGGCUCCAGGCUGUGCUCAGGGACAUCGCUGGGGCUGCCUCCUUUCCUGCCAUCACUGGGGAGGCUCAGCCCCACAAGCUCCACACCAUCCCCAUCCCCACAGCUCGCUGCUACACGUACAGCUGGGACCAGGAUAACUUUGAUAUCCUCAAUGACAUCCUCAGCAAGGAGUGCAGCGUUGUUGAGCCCAUGGCCUCGGAGAACGAGGAGGAGGAUGAAGAGGAGGAGGAGGAGGAUGUGGAAACCGAUGGCUGCUCCCCCGAGCGGGACUCGCUGCUUUCCCCCCUCUGUGCCAUUUCCAGUGACUCCGUGUACUCUGUGCUGUCAGAGGAGGGAUCUAAGCCCUCGCGAAUGUCCCUCUUCACCUCCUCCAAGGACUCCAUCUCGGAGCUGACGGUGGUCUCCAGGAAGUCCCUGAAGUCGUUCGUCUCCAGCCUGAAGGACUGCAUGGACAGCGGGUACGCAGAGGACAGCGACGAGAGCUCCCUGGACGUGGUGGGGAGGACGGAGCUGAAGGCGGAGAAGGCCCACCACAAGUACAGGCAAACGCUGACCAACAAGAUCUACAAACUGUUCAAGAGCAAAAGCCAGCUGGUGCUGCGGAGGGAGCUGAAGGAGUGCGGGGACACGGGGUCGCUGUCACUGCCGCUGCGCCGUGCCGAGAGCCUGUGCGCCUCGCGGGCCCGGCUGCGCAUCCCGGCGCGCUCCCGGCGCGCUCAUUCACUGCCCCAGCAUGUGCUGAGCCAGCGCCUGCCCGCCCCGCUGGCCCCACAGCACCUCAGCCUGCCCCGGCGCCCCUUCCUCAGCUACGACGAGGACAACAAGGUGUCCACCCUGCGCGUCGUGGUGUUCGGCUCCGACCGCAUCUCGGGGAAGGUGGCCCGAGCCUACAGCAACCUCAGGCUCAAGGAGAGCACCUGCCCCUCACUGACAAGGUACUUCAAGCUGCAGUUUUUCUACGUCCCCGUGAAGAGGAGCUGCUUGGCUCCCUCGACCCCCCUGCUGCACCAUCCCUCCCCAUGCCUGGGGGACCCACAGCUCCGGGCACAGGAUCCCACCUCUGCUGGGAUGGAGAGCAGCACCAACGACAUCUCCCACUACAUCGGCAUGUUGGACCCAUGGUACGAGCGCAACGUCCUUGGGCUGAUGAACCUGCCCAUGGACGUCCUGUGUCAGUCUACCAAGCCGGAGGCUGAGCCCCAGGAGGACUCCCAGGAGCAGCUGCCCAUCCUGGCAGACAUGAUCCUCUACUAUUGCCGCUUCGCCACACGCCCCGUCCUGCUGCAGCUCUACCAGACAGAGCUCACCUUCAUCGGGGGAGAAAAGAUGACCGAAGUCUUCAUCCACUCCCUCGAGCUGGGCCACUCAGCAGCCACACGGGCCAUCAAGGCAUCAGGUCCAGGCAGCAAAAGGCUGGGCAUAGAUGGAGACAGGGAAGCAAUCCCAUUAACACUACAGAUUGCCUACAGCAAGACAGCUGUCAGUGGAAGAAGUCACUGGAAUGAUGUUGAGAAGGUCUGCACAUCUGUCAACCUCAGCAAAGCCUGCAAGAAGUAUGAAGAACUUGCCUCGAAGACAGAGUGCCUCAACUUAACCAUGACAGAGGUGGUCAAAAGGCAAAACUCCAAGUCCAGAAAAAGUUUCAAUCAGAUCAGUGUGUCCCAGAUAAAAGUAGACAAGGUCCAGGUUAUUGGUGUCCAGUCCUCCUUUGCUGUGUGCCUGGACCAGGAUGAGCAGAAGAUCCUGCAGAGUGUAACCAGGUGUGAGAUCUCUGUGUGCUACAAACCCAGGGACAGUGAUCCCUUUGCACUCAGAGGGUCCCCUCUGCCUGCCCAGGACCCCUCUGAGUUCCACUCUCUCCUGUGUUUACCCAUUGCCACCUUCAGUGGAGCACUGCCUUGAAGACCCCUGUGUCCUUCCAGACCAGACUCCCAUCCCACAGCAAUCCAGGCUCAGGAAGAGGAAGCUGAUUGUCCUGCUUUGGACACCCAGCCAUGCUCGUCCAAGACAUCCUGGAGCUGAAGGCUGGUGGCUGAGCUGCUCCUGGCCUGAGCUUAGCCCUCCCUUGGGAAAUGGGAAUGCUGGUGGUGUGCUCUGGUAUCUCUCAGGGUUCCUCAGCAAGGGGAGGAAAGUGGUUUCCUUGAGAUCUCCACCUGGCAACACCUGGGUGAAGAGGGCAAGGCAAGGACGGGGAUUUUCCUGCCAGCAAGUGGUGCUGUGGCUGUGUUUGACAGUGACUGCAAGGCCAGUGGGAUAUGGGGUGGGGGAAGUGAACUCAUGGGGGGAUAUUUUGGCAAGUGAAUGUCCUUGGCUGAGUGGAGGUAGGUGUCCUCAAUGUGUGUGGAGCUACAGAUCACCCAGCCAAUGUCAUUUCACCUGUGACAGGUCAAGGAUGCUCAGGGCAGUUCUUUGGGGAUGGGAUGGGCUUUCUCAAGGUUUCCUUUAAAUUCUGGAGGUUGGGUGUCUUGCAGACAAGCAGAGCAACCCAGCAAGCCCCCAGCAUGGGCUGUAAACUGCUGUGUGUCCCAGUGAAUCGAGUGCCAUAGGCCAUUCCAGGGCAGGACAGCACGUUGUGUAUCCAUGUAUUUAAUGGACAUCCAGGACCUGCAGGAGAGAGUUUCCAGUUUCUGCAGAAUUUCAGCAUUCACCCAUGAGUAUUCCCUGUUCAGCCCCUGGUCUUGCUUCCUGCUCCCCAGCACUGUUUGCUGGAGACACUCCAGAGGCUGAAUCCUCAAGAGCUGCUUGAAAUACAUCAGGAACUGUGCUGAACUCAGGGAGGGAGGGAAGUGCUGGGGAAACCACUAGGAUUGCCUUGAGCUCACCUGAAGAGGCACCUUUGAUAGAGAAAGACCCAGCACCAGAACCUUUAUGACACUUGCAAGGGACAAUAGGAUUUGAGAUCCCUCUCCCUGGCAAGACUCAUUCCUCCCUCUUCCUUCUCUCUGCAAGGCUGUAGGUACAGAAAGGUGCAAUAUUUGGGGGUAUUUAGAGGUAUUCUGACCCAAUGAGCAAAAAAAAUAAGACUGGGAAAGCUUUUCCAGGUUUCUUAGCCCUCCAGCUGUUUCUUGGUAGUUUUUGGGGAUUGUGGUCCUUGCUGGCUCUGGUGUCCUCAGCAGUUGAGUGUAACUUCUGCCAGUGGCCAGAGAGGAGCAAAUACGAGACAUGAACACAAUCCUGAGGCCUCUGUGCUCCAUCCUUCCACCUGAAUCAACCACCCCAAGGAUGGUGUUGCCUUGGGAACUCUAAGAAAAGACCCUCAUGUGGGCUGAAGGAUCCAUUGAACAUGAACACUGAACAGCUCUGGCUCCACCAGGAUGCAGAGCCAGCUUAGACUCCUAGCAAGGACCCACCUUCCCCUGCCAUGCACCAACCCCAGGAGCACCCAUCUCUUCCUGCAUGGAGCAGUGUCCAUCCCUCGCUCUCAGCACAGGCUUGGCAGGUCAUGCUGGGCUGUCUCCUCCCCCACAGGCUGCCUGCAGGGUGAUGCAGGACCACUGAGGUCACUGCUGUGCACUUCUCUACGUCACUAUUUGAAGUUCAUAAGGCUCAAGGGAUCAGAAACAGAUUGGAAUGGCUCUUGGAAUAAGUUUUCUUCACCGACUUUUCAUUUCCCAGACAGGUUUGUGUGUGUUUUCUCCAAUGGGGCUGAAAUUUGACAGCUGGUUAUUGUUGUCCAAUAUUUUAAAAUAGCACCUUAUCCUGUCAAAACAUUGCUGUUUGUGAUCCUGAUAUCUGGCUAAAUAUAUCCCUGCCACUGGUAUGAUAUCAACCACUCUGCUUUCAGCUGGCCCUCCAGGAAUACUGGAGAAGAGAAUUUCCAUCCCAUAGAGGAAAAACAAGCACAGACUCUAAGGACUCGUAAUCCUGGCCAAGGUUUUGACCUCUGAUGCUUUCUGGAAAGGAAAGAAUUACAGGGUUCUUUCAGGUCACCCUUGUACAUAUGUGCAGCCUCACCAAAUCUGUGUAAAGUCUGUGCUGAUCUGUAAAAUACUGUUCAAAGAACUUUUAAAGUGAUUGUAAAAUAUUAAAUGUUGAUUUAUUUCGAGUACAA